UUAUUAACUCGCACACCAAAAUGACAAGGGCUCUGUUUGGUGUGCGAGUGUUGUGAUUUUGUUUAUCAAGUUCUUAACAAUCUUGCACUGGUUUUAUCCAACUCUCCGACGAUUCGAUUGCCUUCUAAUCUACUUUUCAACUGUGUUGACACUGGGUUUCAAUUCGGGGACUAGGGUUUGAUCAUACGCGUCAAGUUUAAUGUCUAAUUAAAUCGAAAUGGAUCCUAGAUACACAGGAGAGAUCUUAAGCCACUUGGAGAAGCAGGAGGAGCUCCUUAUGGAUGCCUAUAGAUCUAUCUCCCACGAAGUGCAUAAACUCCAGGUAGAGGAAGAAAUGCUGAUGCGCAAGUUCUAUGAACUCAUGGCAUCCCAAGGUCUAACCAAAAAGAACAAGGCAGACAAUACUAAUGUUGCGGGAGACAGCAAGAAUGGACAAUCCAGUGUGUUGAUUACUGUGAGCAGCAACGGACAAAAACAAGGCGACAUUGAACUCGACGAAGUCUCUCCUUGAUCAUUUUCUGUCUUUCUUUUGAUACACUAUCUUGUAUAGACACCUCGUUUCUUACUAUUGUGUACGAACGCAUAGUUCUUUUGCAACCCUAAAUUCUAAUCAGUCCCUUAAUCCUCUGAAUCAGUCUUCUUGCCGGUAAAAUUUGGCUUCGUUUGGGAA